AUCGAGCCAUAAAUCUCUUAGUCCGCCACCCGAAAUGGCGGGGACGUACUAUUUUGUAAUUGUAGGUCAUUCGGACAAUCCCAUUUUUGAGAAAGAUUUCAUCCCUGUUCCAAAGGAGGUUAAGAAAGAGGACAACAGGCACUUGAACCAGUUUAUUGCCCACGCAGCGCUAGAUCUCGUAGAUGAGCAUAUGUGGAAGGUCACUAACACUUACCUGAAGUCUGUGGACAAGUUCAACCAGUGGUUUGUGUCUGCUUUUGUCACUGCUAGUCAGAUGCGCUUCAUAAUGGUUCAUGAUGCGCGAAAUGAAGAUGGUAUCAAGAAUUUCUUCACAGAUGUGUAUGAAUCUUACAUAAAGCUCAUGCUGAACCCAUUCUAUAAGGAGGACACGCCCAUCACACUCCCUGCAUUUGACAAGAAGGUGCAGUUCUUAGGGAAGAAGUAUCUAACAUAGUCCAAUAGUAUUGAUAUUACAAGCUAAUUUAUUGUUGAAAGGCUACCCUG